AUGUCACAAUCCUCCCAGGACGAGAUCGGAACGCUCAUCGUCGUCGUGUUGAAGGCGCGGAAUCUCAACGACAAGCACAAGUUCCGCAAACAAGACGCGUACGCGAAGGUUUUACUCAAUGGAACGGAGAAACAGACCAAGGUCGAGAUAAAAGGCGGUCAGCAUCCCUUGUGGGACGAAGAGUUCAGAUUCCCAAUCUUCAAAUCGACCGCCAAAAAGAAUCGGACACUAGAAGUUUCCUGUUGGGCAAAGGAGCCUCGAACGGACGAUAUUCUCGGAACAGGGACGGUCGACAUCAGUGAAACCUUGCAGAAUGGCGAAUUCGAUGACUGGGUUCCUCUCUCAAUCGACGGUGUUACUCGAGGCGAUGUUUAUCUUGAAAUGACCUACUAUGCGAAUGGGCCACCUCCACCGUCGGUCAUCCCAACAAUUGCACCCCCCAAAGACCAGCCCGUGGCUUAUUACAGUCCAGGGAAGAAUGCCCUCUUGGUUGCUCAGGGGGCAAAUCUCAUGCGAAGGCCGUCCAAGCUCUCACCAGCAGAUCGCCUCUCCAGGCCAGCGAUAAGCAUUCCAGAGACAAUCCCUUCGUCACCGAACCAGCAUCACAGGUUCAACACGUUACCACCGGUGCCGGACGACAGAAUUCAGGCUAGUAACCCCGUGCAUGCCGCCCAACCCGUCCCGUCGUUGCUGAGACCAGGGGCGGUACCGACGCGCCCGAGGCCUAUCCGGGAUCCAUCCCCUGUGCGUCCGGGUCAAGAGUUCUCGAACGCAAGCCCAGGAACAUCCCCUGGUCGAACGUCAAAUCCUUAUCUCACAGGAGCGGCGGGAAGUAACCGCCCAGGAGGAGUAGGACAGCAUCAUCGCACACCAUCUAAUCCCGCAGCAUCAAACCCUUACCUGACUGGCGGGACGAACACACCGCCUGUAACCUACCCUCUCGACGGUUCUCCCGCGCCUGCCUCAAUCCAAAACAAUAAUCAGCCGUAUGCUACUAAUUACCCGCCGCCCUCACACACUCCGGGAACCCAAUAUCCACCUCCCUCACAUACUCCAUUGCCCCAAUACCCGCCGCAGACCCAUACCCCGGCGCCUCCUCCCGGCGCGGUUCCUCUUCUCUGGUCGUCAUCAGAUUCUGGAUCCCAUCCAGUUGUUCCUCCACCAGCAGGAGGUUUUGCAUUCCCCACUCCAGGUAUACCCGGCGCAUAUCCAGCUACGCCUACCCCCCACCCUCCCUACCACAGUAAUUCAUAUGAUCAUUCUGCACCUCGCCCCUACGGACACAAUCGUCAGAGCUCCGAUCCUCGGGACGACCCUUCACUGAGGAACAGAUACCAGACACCGUUACCUUUGCCUCCAGGGGUGCGGCACCAGUCGCCAGACCCACAAUCACCGCACCAACGGCCGCACUCUCAGUCUCCUCGUCGCGGGAGAGACGAUCCCCUGCCACCUUUGCCGGCCCCGCCUCGAGCCCCUUCUCCUCCUCGGCAAGAAUCACCGUCGUCACUUACAGCUGCAGACCGCCAGCGUCUCGAAGAGUUGAAAUGGUUAGAAGCAGAAGCGAAGCGGAGGAAGGAGCAGGAAGAACGAGAUCUCGCCUUGGCACUUCAAUUGGACAAGGAAUUAAAUUUAUAG